AUAGAAAGCAACUGAGCAAAUAAAGAGACGAGACGAAUGUUUGAUUGACGGAAAGUUUGCUCGCCGUUCACGUCCUCCCGCCGGAGGUUAAAAACCGCAACAGAGAACGGCGUUGAAAAUCUGACGACGCCAUUUUCCUGUCGUUAUUACGUUACGACAGGCCAGCCAUGGCGCUGCAUCCCUUCUCAUUCCCUGUCCCAGAAACCCGUUACUUCAAAGCUGGUAGUUUAAUCUACAAGUUCAAGAUCAGACGAGGAAAUAGCUUCAGUGAAGGUGAGGUUUUGGCCCAAGAUAGCUUCGAUCAAGAAAUGGAGGAAAUUGUUAGAACGGUUCUUGGCGACUUGGACUGCCUUCAGCCCUUCUCCACACCUCAUUUUACAGUAUUUCCAUACAGAAGGAGCUGGGGGAAAGGGGGCAAACACCGUGGGAAGAAGCUGUUAUUCUACCCCUUUGUUAUUAUUCUGUACCUGGAGAAGAACAUAUGCCAAGGGAAGCAACAAGAGAAGGUCAUACAGCUCAUUCCCGCUGCCUCUGUUGAGCCAAGGUCAAAGCGCAGACGCAGGGACUCACCACUAGAGGAGGCUAUUAUUAAAGAAAUAUUGAAAGCUACAGAGGCUGAAUGCAGUAUCUCAGUGACUGGCACGGCAGAGUUGGAUCAUCAGUCCACAGUGAAGCAGGCAGUGAAUGACUCCGCACCCACUGAUGAGCCUCAGACAACACAAAGCACACCAGAGAAACCAGGGAUUCUCAAGCAGCUGGUCAGAAAAAUCUUCCCUUUCAUCUUCAGACCUCCUGAAGCUUAGACUGAGGGUGGAUUUCUACACUGGUGGAUGUAAAUUAAGUAUAAAGAGCAUUGUUUUUGUUUUAGUUCACCAUUUCCAACAGUUUCAUUUAUAGAUAUUAUUUACAAAUGGUCAUUUAAGUUCAGAUCCAUAAUAAUAAAUACAUUUUGUACGUUC